AUGAAUCAGAAUACAGGAUCAAACAAUGGCAACAUGUCAUCACCUUCAUCGCCAAUGUUGGGCAACACACCAUUAAAUCUAUCAUCUCCAAGUCUUUCAUCUGCUGGAUCAUUAACACCCCAGGCACAGUCGCAGGGACAGGCUCAGCAGGCACAGCAGAAUGUGGGAAAUAUGCAACAACAGCAACAGCAGAGAAGAGCUGCACAUGCAUUUCCUAGAAUUACACCUCAGCAGGCACACCAGCUUUUAAGGCAGUUCAACAUUGAGAAGGAAGGUGCACAGAGGGCAGGCAUCAACACCCCGGAGGGCAAGCAGCACGUGAGGAAGGCGGAGAGAAUCAAGGCUAUUCUCAUUCAGUACAACAGGAAGCAAAAGUUGUUGGCGGCACAAAGACAGCAAAGACGUGAGGCACAGAUUCAGGCAGAACAGAGGAGCCAGCAACAGCAGCAACAGGGGGUGGCUUUAGGCGGGAUGAUGGAUACCGGAGGGGCUGUUCAGGGAGAGAGAGGCACGAGCUUGGAUUCCCACAUGCAGCAGCAACAGCAGCAACAACAACAACAAGUUCAACAGACCGAGCAGGCACUACAGGCACAGCAGAUGCAGCAAAGAUCUGGAAAUUCGAACAACGUGGAUUUGGGAUCGCUGACGCCGGCACAACAGCUACAAAUACAGAGACAGCAGCAGCUGGCCAAAUACAGACAAAUCAUAAAGCUUGCAGAGCAGUUCAGGAACCAGCUUCGGGCAAUAGAGACCAGAAAGAACGUUCCAAACACCCCGGCCAACCUGAUUGCACAACUAAAUCAAAAGGAGCGGGAAAUAAAGAGCAGAAUGGAGCAAUGCAGGGGAUACGCCCAGCAGAUUGCAAACCGAAUCCGUCUGAUGCAGCAGCAGCAGUCCAACGGUGUCCAGAGCUUUGGAUCACCAGUCUCUUCUGGAAGUUCCAAUGCAGCCGGUGCACAGCCACAGCAGUUUCAAGGUAAGCUCACUGCAGAGCAAAAACGUGUUUUACAGCAGCGGAUAUUGUUGGAGCAGCGGAAGAGACAAGAGCUUGCCGGUCAAAGCCAGCAGCAGGAUAUGCUUUCACAGGUUAAAAAUGCAAUGAGUACAGGUUCCAUGACUUCUCAGAGCCAGAGUCAGGCAGAGGCUCAGCUACAAAACCAGCAAUCGGCAUCGUCUGGAAGUGCUACAACCAAAACAAAGAAGAAGACACCAAGAAAGAAUCAGAAGAAGAACAACAAGACGCAGACAAAGAAGCUUACGAAGGCGCAGAAGAAGCUUUUGAAGCAGAAUGAAGCAGCAGCAGCAGCGGCAGCAUCUUCAGCUUCUGCAACUGCAACUGUAACUGCAACUGCAACCGCUUCUAGUGCCACUUCUGCAGCAUCGACUGCCCAGAAUGGUGCUUUAGCUGCCGAUACGGCGAACAAUACUGCCCAGAAAGGCCAUACGGAUGCCUCCGCAGCACAAAAAAGCUUCCAAGAAACUCAGAUCACAAGUGUCAUGCCGGGAACAGCAGACACGGGUUCGGGUACUCCUCGUCCUCGUUUCCAGAACAUCACCAUUCCGCAGGAUUUGAAGGUUUCGGCACCUUCCGCUGUUUCGGUCAAGAUCAACAACAGACCAACGCUGCUAGGAGGAAAUGCCACGGAUUCUCCAGUAUUAAGUAACCCGGCGUUCAUCCGGCCUCAGCACUUCGAGUUUGAAGGUGGCCGGGUACUAAAUAAGCGUAAGCUCAGGGAGCUCGUGAAGUAUGUUGCAUCUGAGGAAGGUGACACGGAUGUGGCCAUAGAUGGAGAUGUGGAGGAGCUUCUUUUGGAUCUUGCCGACGAGUUCGUGACCUCAGUUACGUCGUUUGCGUGCAGAUUGGCAAAACACAGAAAAUCAAACAGCCUUGAUGUCAAAGAUGUUCAGCUACACCUGGAGAGAAACUGGAAUAUUAGGGUGCCAGGUUAUGCUGCUGACGAAAUCAGAUCCACCAGAAAGCUAAUGCCCAAUGCUGCCCACAACUCUAAAAUGAACGGCCUUUCAAUCAACAAGAGCGUGAACAAGGGGAAGUAG